UUCUUGAUUCAGUUUGCUCACCGCAAUGAUGUGGAUUGCCUGGCUGUUGUUCGUUCCCAUUUGUGCUGCUGCCACAGCGCGAAAAGUCAGUCCCGAGGCCAGUCCCAACACCCGGCUGAUGGACAACAUCCUCAGCUAUAUGCAAGAGGAUGCCAGUGCAUGCGACAAUUAUUUCGAGCACGCGUGUGGCAAGUACGCUGCGCGUCAUAUCGACGAUCCCUUCACCGAGAUCACACAGAUGCUGGACCACAGGGUGAACCAGAAGCUGGUCCAACUAAUGGCCGAGCUCCACCAGGGCUCCCAGGCGCCAGGCUUCAACGAGUCGAGCGUGGAGGCCAAGGUCCUGCGCUUCUACCUCAACUGCCGCGAUGCCCCACAAAGCUCACGCGGGACAGAAAAGUACCUCAGACGGGCUCCUCCGGACGAGGGUCUCACAUGGCCGCAGUUCAGCAACCGCGGGACACCCUGGCCCGAGGAUCAGUUCAAGUGGUUGAAGACCCUGGGCCAUCUCCACCGAUACGGCCUCAGCAAUGUUUUGGUGGACGUGCUGGUGGGCCCGAAUUUCCAAAACAGCAGUGAGUUCGUAUUGACCCUCAGUAUGCCCAGUUUUAAGGGAGAAGCGCAUCACUUGCCCAGUUUCGUGAAUACACUUGCAACGCUUCGGGUCAUGGGAGUGCCUUCGAAUAGUGUAAAACCCAUCGCGCGGAAGAUAAGAAGUUUGGAAAGAGCUGUACUGGUCUUAACUGAGUCUCAGGACGACGAUGAUAGCCAAUUUCUGAGUGUGGAUCAGUUGCGGCGCGUAACAGGCCAGGAUUGGCAGGGGUUCGUCGAGUUAGUAGUUGGUCACAGUGUCUCUCCUGACUUCCGGGUGCAAGUGGAGAACUUACCCUACUUGAACGCCCUGAGGCGCCUGAUGAACUCCACAGAUGCCCAGACGUUGGUUCACUAUAUCAUGACCCGAUUCGUGCUCUACCUCCUGGAAGACACCAUGGACAGCAAUGAGCCCAUCGAGUGCAUCAAGGAUGUGCGCCGUAGCAUGGGUCUUGCCUCAAACCUGGUCUACAAGAAGCGUUUUUUGGACCCCCCCGGUACUCUGCCGCAGUACACCCAGCAGGUAAUGGAGGUGUUCGAGCAAUUGCGUCGGCAGUUUCUGCUACAGAUCGAUGAAAACCGCCUUGGGCUGACCGGUGAGCAGAACAGGAUGAUCGCCAUGAAGGCUCGGGAUAUCGUCGUUAACAUUGGCAACAUGCCCAGGGGCCUUGACCUUCGUACCUUUGUUAGCCGGCACUAUGCAGACCUGGUGUUUCCGUCGGCAGACUUAGACUACAGUCGGGAGCAUCUCAAAGUACUGGAGUUCCGAACCAGAAAGAAAAUGGAACAACUUAACCAUCCAUUGCCAAGUGCCGAUGAAUACUUCUAUUUAGCGGAUCCGGAUACGGCCAUGAGCUCUAGCCCAUACUACUUAGUGAACCAAAAUACCAUUAUCGUGCCACACGGAUCUCUGCAGGAGCCGUUCUUUGUGCCCGACAGCCACGGCGUGUUCAAGUACAGCCUGCUGGGGUUCGUUCUUGCCCAUGAGCUGAUCCAUUCCGUGGACACCACCGGUCUCCUGUUCGACAGUCACGGAAACUUUCACGACGUUGGCCCCGAAAUAUUGAACUCGCCGCGGUUCGAGGCAGGAUUGCAGUGCAUGAAGCGCAGCAAGACGCCGUACCUUGACGAGCGUAUUGCGGAUAUUGCCGGGCUGGAACUCGCCUACUCAGCCUACUUUCAGAACACCAAGGACGGAAACUACUCAGACUUUACCAACAUUCCCCCGCAGCAGAUCUUCUUUCUCAACCUGGCUCAGUUCUUCUGCGGAGACGGCGACCCAAAUAACUUCGUUGAUCACGACAACGACCAGAUGCGCUUGCAGCAAAUGCUGAACGGGUUCGCACCGUUCCACAGGGCUUUUGGUUGUCAAAGCAGAUUUCAGUCCGAAAAGUGCCAGCUGUGGUAAGCAGAACUUUGAUGGCGCUAUAAAAAUAAAAAUAAUAAAUAAUAUAACACUCUUUGAAA